AUGGAUAACAAGCCUGAAGGUUUUCUUAUUGAUGCUAGUGACGAUAUCGAUCAUGACCUUGAUACGGAGCUGGAGCUGCUAAUUAGGAUGAAUGCGCUAACUAUGGAUAUGAUGCCGGAAAUAGACCAAUUUUCUAUCACCCUUCAAUUCGAAUUAGCAAAAGCAAUGUCUCCUUGCAUAAUAUGGAUUCCAAACAUUCAUGAUCUGGAUGUGAAUGAGUCGAAUUACUUAUCCCUCGGUCUAUUAGUGAACUAUCUCUCCAGGGAUUGUGAAAGAGGGUCUACUAGAAAUAUUCUUGUUAUUGCUUCGACUCAUAUUCCUCAAAAAGUGAAUCCCGCUCUAAUAGCUCUGAAUCAAUUAAAUACAUGCAUUAAGAUACGAAGGCUUCGUAUUCCACAACAAAGAAAGCACUUUUUCACUCUUUCAUAUACUAGGGGAUUUCACUUGGAAAAGAAAAUGUUCCAUACUAGGGGGAUCAACUAUUCUCUUGCCAUUUGA